UCUACCGUGGUGGGAUUUGAAGCUAUGAUCUCCAACCAGAUAAUAACCGUGCAAAUCAAAGACAAGUCCAAGAUUGAUGACUGUUACUUUGAUUGCUGCACUACAACUAAUGGUGCCCUUCAGAGUGGCAGUGGUAGGAUGGGUCUCGUGUGAAGUGCUGUGGUCAGUGGUUGUGUAGUUUGGUCCCAGAUCUGUUUGCACUGUCUUGCCAACUCCUAUGAUCAUUUGUGUGACAAUGACAAUAGGAGAUGGAAAGACAGCACAAACAGAGACCAGGCUUGUGGUUUUGGGUCCAACUAUCUUGAUUCCUAGUGUAAUCAAUAAGGAUAAAAUUUCUCUGAAAAAUAUAAAACAUUACCAUUUAUGUGAGUUGUUCUGCUAUGGUAUUCCAGGACAUAUUGUGCUGGAUGAGGACUUGGAGAGGACAGUGUUGGUGGUGAACCUGGGGGUCAUCCCCCCUCUGGAGACGGUCAACGUGUUGGUCAGCACCUCCUCUGAGCUGCCCACCCUUCCCAACGGGGGUAUCCGGGUCACCUCACCCACCGUGUGCACCCCCAGGGUCCAGAGAACCAUCAACGAGGAGCAGGGACUCUCCCCAAACUUCCACAACAGAGCGAGGGGCAGCAGGCAUAAUUGUGACCUGGAUCCAAAUGAGCAGACUCCUAUCACCCCCCCAGCUGUACAUGGCCCAGCUGCUGGAGGAAGAGGCCAUCAACUCUAUUGACUAUGAGUUUAGCUUCCAGCUGGAGAUCAGAGCCCCGUAUCUCCUUGCAGGUGUGGAAAGCCCCUCUCAUGCCAUCCGGGCCGACGCAGAUCCCCUGGCCCGCUCAGCCACCAGCGUCGUCAUCACACUCGCUGACAAGUACACCUACGACUGCCCUGUGGAGAUCAUCAUCUACCCCAGUGAUCCUCAUCUGCCUCUUGUGCUGAUUGAGGAUGGAGACAUGACACUGGAGGAGUACGAUGAACACCUCACAGGGAAGAGUGACUACAUCAAGGCCAUCAAGAAGGACUCCAGUAAUGAAAAGAAAGUGGAUAUCAUUCGUAAGCGUCUCCACAAGGACAUCCUCCACAACCCUGCGGUUAUGCUCAACUUCUGCCCAGACCUCAAGUCCAUGACCUCUGACCUGAGGAAGGUGCAUGGAGAGUUCAUCUUCCUCAUCGACCGCAGUGGGAGCAUGAGCGGGGUCAACAUCAGCUGCGUCAAGGAUGCCAUGGUGGUGAUCCUGAAGAGCAUUGUGCCUGCCAGUCUCUUCAACAUCAUCGGCUUUGGCUCCACAUUCAAAACACUGUUUUCUACCAGUCAGAGCUAUGAUGAGGAAACAGUAACCAUGGCUUGUGAGUACAUCAGGAAGAUCCGAGCUGACAUGGGCGGCACCAACAUCCUGGCACCACUUAACUGGAUCCUGAGGCAACCCAUGCACGUGGGUCAUCCACGCAUGCUCUUCCUGAUCACAGAUGGGGCCGUCAGCAACACAGGGAAGGUCAUCGAGCUGGUCCGCAGCCAUGCCCGCUACACCAGGUGCUACACUUUCGGAAUCGGUCAGAGUGCUUGCAGGAGACUGGUGACUGGACUGGCUACUGUUUCCAAAGGAACGGCAGAGUUCUUGGCAGAAGGCGAGAGACUGCAGCCCAAGAUGAUCAAGUCUCUGAAGAAGACCAUGGCCCCAGUGCUGAGUGACAUUGCCAUCGACUGGUUGUUCCCUGAGACCAAGGAAGUGUUGCUUUCCCCUGUAGGCUCCACCUUCCUGUUCCCUGGGGACCGUCUGAUUGGCUACAGUGUUGUCUGUGACACCACACGCUACCAUCCCAACCCCAAGUCUGAUAAGAGGAAGCACUACAGUAUGAUGCGUUCCAAUGACUCAGCCAGCUCCGUGUUCUACCACUCUCAAGAGGAGGACCCAGGGACGACUACAGGCUUCUCUGACUGUCAGGGAACCCACAGGGACAUACACUCCAGCCCUCUGUUUGACUCCUACCAAGACUCCAUGUCAGAGAGCAGCCCUGGCCUCACAAAGCAUAACGACAUGGGAAUGGACAGUAAAACCUCACCUAGAAGACGUAGGUAUAGCACCAACCAGAUAGUGGACUACAACCCCAACAUGAAGAAGACCUACACUCCCAGUGACCCCAGCUCUGUAGAGGGGAAGCACCCGCUGAGGAGAGCUAAGGUCCAGGAGCUGAAUGGACAGACCAGCCCCGACUAUGGAGCACAGUGGAAGACUGAAUGCCAGCCACAGCUGGUGAGCUUGUGUGCCACAUCUGCCACGGCCAUCAGGGAGUGCCCUACCAAUGGGGCUUCUCACAGGUCCUCCCCCCAGCAGGAGGGGGCUCCCCAGGAGGCGGCGCCAGAGCAGGCCCACUCCCCCGGCUCCAAGCUGCAGGCCAGAGCCACCAGGAGCUGCGCUUAUACAGAGCACGCCUUAGGAGGAGCCAGGAGCACCGUUGGGGAGGACGGCUCGUCCUCCACUGACCCCUCUGUCAGCAGCUUCGGAGACGCAGACUGCUACCCUAAUCAGCUGUGUGAGAUCAUAACCCCCCAGGAGUCUCCAGCCACCCCAGACCUGAUCUCAGCCCCUCAGGACAGGGACUUGGGGAAGGGGUUCUGUAAGGUUGUGGUGUCUGGCCUGCUCUGUGGGAAGCCAGUCAAGUGGGAGGUGACCUUUGACAUAGAGCCAUACCUGAAGGGCAGAGAGCGGGAAGAGAAGGUCCACGAGGAACUCUGGAAUGAAACGUUCCAUCACCUGGCUGGACGUUCCAUCAUUCAGGACUUUGAGCACAUGGUAGAUCAGGAGUGUGAGAUUGAGCAUGGUUCUGGCAGAAGAUACCGGUUAUAUGCCAUUCACACCAGCAAGGCCUGUAACAUUCUCAGCAAAUACACUGCCUUUGUGCCCGUUGAUCUGGACACUAAUGAAUAUCUACAGACCUAUAUCGACUACGUCAACCCAGGUAAAGGUCGGAAAAAGGGCUCUCACUCUGGGAACAGGAAGAACCGGGGUUACUCCAUCGGACUGGGACGCUCCCAGUCUGGCUGCAUGUCAGAGGAGGCUGAGGUCGGACACCUGCCCACCAGUUUAGAAGAUGGGACCUCUCCAUGUAGCACCCCCUCAUCCUCUACCUGGGAAAGAUGCAGCUUUACAGAUGCCUCUCUCUCAGCCUCUCAGAGGAGCCCGUCGGUGACCUCAGACCAGAAGUCGGUGGAGAGCCUCUUCUCAGCCAAGCUGACUCUCAACCGGACGAGACUCCUGACCCGGGCCGCCAGGGGCUUCAUGUUUCGCUCACACAGCAAAACCAAUGACUCUGUGGGGGAGAGUGAGAACCAGAACAAAGACUACAUUCCUCUGGUGUCCUUACAGUUGGCAUGUGGUGCGUUCUGUCUGGACAUCGCUCUGUGUAAGGCCAUCAACGUGUCCAUGGAAAAGCUGAAGUGGACGUCUCCCUUCACCAGCCACCGGGUCAGUCUGGGUCACCACGUCUCCCACUCAGCCAGCCACCGCUCAAACAGCAUCGCUGCAGACAACAGCCACAGGUCCACCUCUCCAUCUCCGUUUGAGAGCUCAGCUAAGGAGACAGAAACCAGCCUGGCAGGCCACCACCAGCACAAGCCUGGAGACCUGGUUGUCAGCAGCCACAGACAAGGGGGGCACAGCCCCUCUCAUCUGGCCAGGAGUCCACGGACUGAGGGUCGGCAUGGGUCUUCUCCUUCCUUCCUAGGCGGCCCCUCCACCCCUAUCUCCUCCACCUACGCCGAGCACCCUCUCUCCCCUCACUCCCAGACAGACAGCGGAAGAGGUGGCCCGGGGUCCAGGAUGAGGCUGAAUACAGAGGGCAUGGUGUGGGCCACGGCUGUAGCCCUGGCCUGGCUGGAGCACAGCUCAGCCAGCUACUUCAUAGAGUGGGAGCUGAUAGCAGCUAAGGCUAGCAUGUGGCUCAGUGCCCAGACCAUCCCUGAAGGAAAGGACUUAGCCUCAGUCAAGUCUGCUGCCAACCAGCUCUUUAUCAUCCUCAGACACUGGGACGAGAACCUGCAGCUCAACAUGCUCUGCUACAACCCCAACAGUGUCUGAGGCUGAUUGCAUCGCAUGCACCGUCCUCCAUCCGGACAUAUCCAACCAUGCUAUGCUAACUGACUAACGCUUUAUUUACUAUUUAUUAUUUGCCAUUUUGAGUAUUGCCGAAUUUGUUAGUGCAGCUAUUGUGAGCAUUGUGUCGUAGAAUUGAUUCUGUUUUAUGAUAACUUCUAAACCUGUCAGAAGCUUCCCAGAGGCACAAACUUGCUUGUUGUCUCCCUUUGGGUGGAUACAUUCACCAGCUAUGGGUCUGAUUAAACAUGAUUCUAUUCACAUGGUGAAGGAAAUCAGAAGUGUAAGAGUAAACGUACAUAUUCUAAAAAAUAGAAGUUUAUGAAAAUAUAUGUAUUGUUUUAUUUAUGUUUAAUAUUUCCAUCAUAUUGAUGUCCAAUGAUGAGAGAAUAUGCCAAAACAAUUCCUAUGAGACUUUUACAAUUAUUUAUAUUGCAUCUAAUGUGUUUGAUCGUCACAAUCAUUUCAAAAUCAAUAUUGUGAUAUAUGAAAAUUUGCCUGGUCCCAGAUCUGUUUGUGUCUUGCCAACUAUGGCCAAUUCCUCUUCUCAUGUUUGAUGUCUCCGUAUUGGUUCAGAAACCGUCCUUUUAUCGCUGUUUAUUUUGUAUUCAUCAGCCAUAAGUGCCUAACAAUGAUUAAACAAAAACAAAGAUUGGUUAUCAGAAACACGUAUUUAGAUGUUUCUCCGUUGUUAUUGUUUGAUAUCAAAUGUGUUUCCAUAUAAAAAAUGCUCAGCGUGUUUUCUUUUGUAGGUAUUCUGAAUAAUGUGAUAGAAACUUUCAAGUUGGAUGAAAGAAAUGAGUUUUUCUGUCCUUUGUCCUUUCCUUUGUCCUUUCAUUUCCUUUGUCAGUUCCUUUCCUUUGUCCUUUCAUUUCCUUUGUCAUUUCCUUUCCUUUGCCCUUUUCUUUGUCCUUUCCUUUGUCAUUUC